AUGCAUGAAAAAGCCAUAGAGAAACAACCGGCGGUUAAAAUAAAGCCGGAUGAAACCUACUGUUUUAGAGAAUUUAAAAAUCGUGUGUAUUACAUGUCGGAAAAAAUUUUAGGACUUUCAUCUAAUAUUAAUCCAGAUAAUUUAAAAAGCGUAGGAACGUGUAUCGGUAAAUUUACAAAAAGUGGAAAAUUUCAAAUGCACAUCACUGCAUUAAAUAUAUUAGCUCCCUACGCUCAGUAUAAAAUUUGGUUGAAACCAACAGCUGAACAACAAUUUUUAUAUGGUAAUCAUGUAUUGAAAUCUGGAUUAGGUAGGAUAACUGAAAAUACGGCUAAAUAUCAAGGAGUUGUCGUGUAUUCAAUGACAGACGUUCCUUUAGGUUUUGGUGUUGCUGCUAAAUCAACAGCAGAAUGUAAAUUAGCAGAUCCCAUAACGAUAGUUUGCUUUCGUCAAGCUGAUGUAGGAGAAUAUAUUAGAUCGGAAGAAACGCUAACAUAA